UGGUUGAGGCACUCACGUGACUUGACGUGAUGAUGGCGGAAGUUAGUAGUCGGUCUGGAUGUGCCUUAGCAAUGGCGAAGUUUGCAGUUUUAUUUGUAUUUUCUUUAUUAUGUACCUGCAAGGCACAAGUGCCUUUAAUCAUGUGGACCAGUGAUGGGUACACUUUGCCAACCCGGCUUGAAGCGACAGCUGGUGAGAUUGUCUCCGGUGCGAAGUUGGCGUCCUAUCUGAACUCAGCCUUGACGACUUCACCACACAACGUGCUGCUGUUUUUACAGGACGGGUUAAGCAUGGAUGAUUUCACAGCAUACGGUGGGGUGUAUGGCAACAAGAAAGACAGCGUCUUUGUAAACUUGGAGUCCGCAUUGCAGGCCUCCACUCCCAUGGUGCUUCCGGCUCUGGCCUGGACUGCAGCCGAAUCUGUGGUGGAAAUCUUCCGGCAAGAGCUCGGACUUCCAGCAGUCAACAUUGCACCAUCAGAACUCGGCCAGCUUCAGCUGAACACAGCAAAGCCUUCUCUACUGGUCAUCAGGCUCCCAUACACCACUGGUGCCCAAUCAAAAGAGCUUCUUAGGAAAAAUGAUGAGACCAUUGGAUAUGUCCUGACUAUACUGCGAGCUGAGAGUGUGCCUUACAUCGCUGUUUACACCGGCCUGAGACCUUCUCAUGUAAUUCAGGACACAUCCAUGACUUGGGACUUAACAGGACGCUCGCUGCUGCAGGCACCAUCGGUACCAGACGUCAAACCUCCAGUGACUUUCAACAGUACUGAAGGAAAGCCUUGUAUUCUGUUCUGGGCUGAUAAACUAAAUAUCAGCUACAACGGGGGAGCCUUUUUUGAUUUAGGCUCUCUUACUUUCAAUGACUCGGUCUCCCUGGAAGGUUCUCUCUGUAAUGAGACCAUUUCCAGACUUGUCCUGAAUUAUCAAAACAUUCUGAGUUUCCGCUCCUUCCAGCUUAUCUUCAUGAUACGCAAGACCUUCUUCCCUGUUUCGGCUCGUUACUGGGCGGUCAUGGAGCAGGUGGAGCUGAACUACGACGGCCAGACGGCCAUCUUCAACGCCAGCCGUGGAAUCUAUUCUCCUGCCGAGUAUUCCUUCCACUGUCAGAAAGUGAGCAGUGCUCAGAGCCCCCUGCUGGUGCCACGGGAUCUGACCGACAACGCCACCCACUGGAGUGUCCUCUUCACUGACUUCCAGAUCCAAGGCUUCACCGUGACUGGGGAUUUCUCAUACGCCAGCGACUGUGCCAGCUUCUUCACGCCGGGAAUCUGGAUGGGGCUGCUUACUUCUCUGCUCAUGGUUUUCAUCCUCACCUAUGGCCUGCACAUGAUUAUGCAGCUGCGCACCAUGGACCGCUUUGACGAUCCUAAAGGCCCUAGCAUUUCAGUGCCUCAGAACGAGUAAUUCGCAACUAAAGUAUGCCUUCCGGUUUUAUUUUUAUUGUGUUUGUCCUGACCUAGAUUAGAAACCUGCUUUCAUUCCAGAAGUUCCAGAUUGUAGAGCUCGCUCACUAUGCGAGGUGUUUAUCCUGUAGUCAGAACUACAACCUUGUGCUGUUUCAGGUACGGAAUUAGUUUAGCAGUUUGUGGUUUUGCUGACACCUUUCCCCCCCUCAAAGAUUUUGUAACAUUUGUUUCACAAUUAUGCAGUUUCCUUAUCAUGUACUUUCCUGAAGAAACAGUACUUCUCCUUAAGUAUUAACACCACUAAUAGACAAAAAAAAAAAAUACAGUUCAGUUGUUUUUAUUCAGCUGUUGCCAUACUGACAUUGAAUGUCUUGUACAAUGCUAAACCUGCUAUGUGUAUUUGAUACAGAUGCGGUACUUGCCAAAAAUGCCAUAUGUACUACUGAAGUGUCCUUGAACAGUUAUAAUUUUAAACAUCUUGUAAUACCAAAGCAAAAACAAAAGCCUGUGGUUUAUUCAUUAAUAUCUAUGAACUGCUGUGCCAUAGGGUUAAUUCUUUCCUAAAUCUCUCACAUUCUCACCUAACAUCCUUGAGUUAUAGCUGUAUAUGUGACAACAAUAUGUGAAUAAUAGAACCGGUUAGGGUGUGCUGUUAUAGGAAAUGAAAACAAUGGUAGGAUGCAUUACCACCCCAAGGUUGAUUAUUGUCGUAUAACAUCACAUCCCAAAAUAUUUUAUUCACUUCAUACCACAACAGUUUGCUAACGGAUUUUUUUUUUAACAUUAUUAAAGAAUGGCACAUACUUAAUGGAAACAUUUUCUUUUUUUUUUUUAUCACUUAGCACCAGGCUCUCUUUUCUUUCUUUCUUUCUCAAAAUUAAUAAGACAGAAAAAAUAAUGUAGCUGGUCAUGUUUCAAAGACACUGUAAAGUACUCCAUCCUGAACGCUUUACCUCUGACUUUUACGUAGCACUGACACUGGAGACUCCUUCCAGAACUGCUAAAUAAAUAUCUAUCAUUCAUUUUACUUUUUUUUUUUUUUUUUUAAAUCUGUUUAUAUGGAGCAUCUGCCAUACAAGUCCUUGUAUAAAUUGUUACUAUUGAAACGAUAAUUUAUGACCCAUGCAUUAAUAUAAACCUGUGAUUUGCCUUGCAGCUGACACUGUCAGAGCUGCUGUUCUAGAAAACUAAUCAAAGCUGCCGUGUAAACCACAAUAUUCAACAGUAAAAUACUUUUAAUGUGGAGAUUCAAAGUGUAAUCUUUCUUGACGUUUAAAUGCCACAGAGGACUGAACUGUUGUCCCAAAUGUUUACAAAUUUGUUCUGUUAAAAUGCAGUCCAGUGCUAAGUUACUAGUAAACAUUAUUUUAGGUAUAAAAAUGUAGAAAUUUACGGUAUGUAGUAAUGAAUAAAAUUUUCGGAUUUUAUAUAACUUAUGGAUUUCAUCUUCUUACAAUUAAAUAUGAUCAAGAUUGUUCUUGUCUUAUUUUUAAAUAAAUAAAUAAAUAAACAGGUCAUGCUUAAGAAUAUUCUCAUCGUAACUCCAGAACGCGCUGCCUGCGUCAUUAUCGUCACCGUUGCUGGAUGUGUAAUUGAAAGAAAACUUGGCAAUAAUUUAAAGCUUAUAUGUAUAUGUGUACCGUUUAAAGUGCGACCAUUAUGUGGACAUGGACAAAAUAAAUAUGCUUAUGAAAUAAAUAUAUUUAUAAAUGAUUUUAGUCUAUUUUGUUUGUUUGAAGUGAUAAUGGGAGAAAGUUUUGGGGGGCAGGGAGAAACACUGUGUGAAUGAUCUGGAUUUCUAUGCCUCAUAUUAUCUGACCUUCAUUUAACUCAAAAUAAACAUACGUUCAUCUUCAUAUUUUAACAUACAACAUGUCUAAAAUGACUGGAAACACCUGCCUCUAGUUACCCACGUUUUAAGAGGUCAUUUAUCUACAUCUCUUCACUGGACAGAUAUUUAUAUUCAAGGUAGAUUAUAAGCACACAGCAUGAGGGUUUUGCUUAAGGGCAAAGUCCUGGUAUUUGAGCACACAAUCUAGUUUUGUGAACUACUAAUCUUACUGACUUUAUGGUUAUGCAGUUUAAACUGCAAUUCACACAAAAAUCCUGACCAUUUUGAAGUGAAAACAUCUGAGCAGAGAAGUCUCUAUCACCUACACUAAGAGUACAAAACUGUACUUUUAAUUGUUGCUAGAGUGGUACCCUUAGAUCCUUAUUAAAAAGGUACAACGAUAAGUAGAGUUUAGUAUUUUUGUUCCCUGGGAGUGUGGAGGAGAUGUUAAAGGGAGUAUAGUGGGUUUGGUGCUGCUUUAAAUGAUCGUGGGAAGUUCGAGAGUCGGGUGGUCAUCUUUGGAAAAAACUGAACCAAAUAAUAAGGAAAUGUGCCUACUUUCUGAAUAAACACAUCUGAACAGAGUAAAAACAAACCACAACACAAUGAAUAUGAUUUGAACAUGAUAAUUAAUACAAGAAGACAAACACAGUUUAUUGGGUGAAGACUGCAUGCUUGCAAGAAUAUAUUUUAAUGCAAAUUUGGCUGUGUACACAAUUUUCUUUUUCCAACAUUCGACAAGCUUGCUCUGAACAAAGGAGGAAAAAAACAAUCACUUCUCAAAAGGUUUUCAUUUUUAGAUAUUUACACAGCCUUAUUCGAUGCAGCCCAGAUUACAGGAUGAUUGAUUUUCUGAUUUUAGUACUGCAAUUUAAAACUGGAAGGAUUUGAAGCGGUCAUAAAUGUUUAUUAUUUUUUAUUAAUUUUGAUCUAUGAUGUUUUCACACUAAUGAUGAUGAAGCUUUCCUGGAGAAUUUGUUGGUUAAUUGAAACAUGAAUGAUCUGUGAACAUGAACGCGCCAUGACACAUCAUGUAUUGUAUACUGUGUGUGACUGUGAUUGUACAGUGACUGCAUUUCAGUGGAAUUACAUUCACAGCUGGUGCGAAGUCUGCUUUUUUCAGAAUAAAACACAAUCGAAAAAGCGUAAGUGGUACCAGUUUCUGUAUGUUGUGAAGUCUAGGUAUUUUAUUUCACACAGAAUUCCACACACACACGUGAGAUUGCAUCUCACUCUAGCAGGGAUUCUGUACCACAAGGGCCAAACCAUUAUAUCUAAAAACCCUAAAACACAAAAGUAGUUGAAAAAAGUGUUAACUAACAAUUACAAAUAAAUACAACACUAAAUUCUAGCAAGUAAUCAAAAAUGUAGGAUCACAAGCUGUUUUGCCUGCUCAAACAUUAGCAUAAACCAAAAAUAUACACCAAGAAGCAUCAAUCUAAAAUCUACACGCUAGCUUCGAUGCUAUGCUCAGUUGAGUGCAGCAUCAAAAAGAAAGAAAACCAUUUAUCUAUACAGUUCCUGCUUAAAAGAACACAAAGAAAUGGUCUUGAAUCUGUCCUGGAUUAAAUUAAGGCUUUGGACAUCUUUGUUCCAGUUAUAUUAACAAAAUCAAACUCACUACACAUCUUCUACCUUCUUUACAAAUAUUUUCUAGUAACAGUCAAGUCUCAGACAUAAUCUUUAGUCUUAUAAAUAUUAUAAAAGAUUUUUAAAGACUAUUAAAUUAUAGUCAGGGAGUUCACUUGCUAAGUAGCAAGUAGAUUUUUGUUUGAAUUUUAUUUAGCAGAUCUAGACUGUGAUAAUUGUUUAGUGUGCGCUCUACAGCUACCAGUCAUGUUUACUGAUAAAACAUCGUCGUCACAUUACAUACAGCUGCGGUACACGGUGGCACAGGCGCUCUUAAUGUGUACAAUUUAGAUGCAGCAGGCACAAGGUAGGCAGCACAUUCUCCAAAUGAACAAUGGUAUAUUGAGUAACUGGGUUUUGUGAACAUGAAUGAAGAUGAAAACAUUACAAAUCCAAGAGACAGACAAAUCUCUGAACCAGAACAUCCUGCUAACAUUUCCUCGUUUCUUUUGUCCCAUGUAAUACAAGCCAAAAGGUAAAGAUUUGGUCUGUUGAUAAAAUAGGAACAGAGCCCAAACUGUCAGAUUAACAUGAUUAGCUGUUAGCUCUUGUGAGCAACUCUUGUAAGUGAAUAUUAUAUGCAAGGCAGUGUUAAACACAGAACUUAUAAACACUGAAUCCUAAUUCGUGCAGUUUUUAUGAAUCAGAUACUACGCCAAAUCAGUUUGUAUAAUUAUAUUUUUUGUUUGAUCUACGCAGUAGAGUAGGAAGUGUUUUAGUUAACAGUAGAAGACAUAUGGCUUAAGCACCCACACCGUUUAAAUUUUUUUUAAUAUUAAUUAAUACUCCUAGCUUAAAUUAGCAGCCACAGAAUAUCGUAAAGCAGAGGUUCCCAACCAUUGGGCGACAACAAUGGGGCUGUGAGGGCAUUACACUUUCCAGUGGCAAGGAAAAGACUCGAUGAAUUGGGAAGUAUUGGGAAAUAAACUUUCAGAACAACCAAUGUCUCUGGUUUUGCUCUUUACAUUCAUAUGUUUACAUAAUGCAUCAGUGCAAAUGUGUGAUGUGAGAUACGAUAUUAAUGAGGCAUCUCCCAUAAUCAUCGUCUCCACCAAAGAUGGAUUUUUUUAAAUAAUUAUUACAGACUACAACAGACUACAAAUCUGCAGUGAUCACACCCCUACUUCAUCACCCCCAAUCUUUCUUUCUAUCGAUCUCUCUUGCUUUCUAUAGAUAUAGAUAACACAGACAGAUAGAUAUGUUUGUAUAUUAUAGGUUACAGUUGUUAAAAUGG